UUGGUUUUGUCAAAACUCAUCUCGUCUCACCCAAAUGAAAAUUAAAAAUAAAACAAACAAAAGAGAGAAAAAAAAACCUCAUCUUCUCUCUAACAAAAUGGAUUCCAAUUUCACACCUCACCUGGAAUCCCCUUUAAGCCCUUCCUUCACAUAAAUUUCGCUUCCAAAACAUAUAAAACAGCUGCAAACAGAGCAAACAAAAAUAGAGAAAAUAUUUUCUCUGUUUUUCAAAUUACUGUUUCCCACUCUGCUUUACAUAUCUGUGAGCUUGAACCUCCAAACUACCCAGCUGAAUCAUAAACCCUAGAUCACACUCAGCUCUGAGAAAUCAAAUUGAGAAAAAAAAGAUUUUUCUUUAUGGUUUUUUUGUGUAUUUGAGAAAUAUUAUGCAUAGAUCUGGUGUGACCAUGGCUUGGAACGUGUUCAAGUUCUGCACAGCUUUGCGAGGUUUGGGGUCAGUCAUGAUCCUCCUGGUGCUUGGGGUUGUAGGUGUCACCUAUUACACUGUCGUUUUGACUAAUUAUGGCCCGGCUUUGUACAACGGUGGCCUUGACUCUCUCAUUGCUCUUGUCGUAUUGAUCUUGUUCCAUUGCUUGUUGGUGAUGCUCUUAUGGAGCUACUUUUCUGUUGUUUUGACGGAUCCUGGUUGCGUGCCACCUAACUGGAGGCCUGCUGUUGAUGAAGAGAGAGGGGAGGCUGACCCCUUGACUGGGUCGGAUUUUAGUGGUUUGCAGACUGACCCAUCAAAUCAAAGAAUCCGGUAUUGCCGGAAGUGCAACCAGCUGAAACCACCUCGUUGCCAUCAUUGCUCAGUUUGUGGGCGGUGUGUACUGAAAAUGGAUCACCAUUGUGUAUGGGUUGUAAAUUGUGUUGGGGCCUUAAAUUACAAGUAUUUUCUACUUUUCUUGUUUUACACAUUUCUGGAGACAAGUGUUGUAACUUUAUCCUUGCUGCCACAUUUUAUUUCAUUCUUUAGUGAAGGAGAAAUACCUGGAACACCUAGCACCCUUGCAACUACCUUUCUUGCUUUUGUGUUAAAUCUUGCAUUUGCAUUAAGCGUUUUGGGGUUUCUGAUCAUGCAUAUAUCGUUAGUGGCUGCAAAUACCACAACCAUUGAGGCAUAUGAGAAGAAAACCUCUCCUAAAUGGCGCUAUGACCUUGGUCGAAAAAAGAAUUUUGAACAGGUUUUUGGUAUGGACAAACGAUACUGGUUCAUCCCUGCUUAUUCCGAAGAAGAUUUGCGACGCAUACCAGCGCUGCAGGGUCUUGAGUAUCCGUCGAGGCCUGAGUUUAACUCCCAAGAGUUCUGAUACCAUUUGUUUUGACAUGUCAGUGAUACAGAAAUUUUCCUUGUAACAAUAGAUGUGGAACAUCCACAGAAAGUUCCCUUUGCAGUGGUAACUCUCAUCAAAUCACAAGCGACUAAUUCGAGCUCACAAUUUUUCAUUCCUAUGGCAUCUUCUUGUAAACAUGAUGAUUGAGAUGCAGAUCAAGUAGAGCGGUUUACGGGUCGCAGUGUUUUACUUUAGUGGGACUGGCAUGACUGAUUGGUGUUUAUUUUUGUUAAAUAUGUGUUGGGAAAUUUGGGAACUGUAACAUAUGGAAAAUGAAACUUUCAUGUGGUGGCAUGAAACGAUGAUGUUG